CGGCUCAGAUCUAUUCAUCUAUAGGGUUAAGCAAGGGACGGCGUCUAUAAAACUUAGAGCAACACUUCAUCGAAACCCUAGUUCUUCGCUACUGCGACUGCGCUUCAGCACAAUGGGUGCCUACAAGUAUGUUUCGGAGCUAUGGCGCAAGAAGCAGUCUGAUGUUAUGAGAUUCUUGCAGCGGGUGAGGUGCUGGGAGUAUCGCCAGCAACCUUCUAUUGUCCGUUUGACAAGGUCUACUCGCCCAGAUAAGGCUCGUCGCUUGGGUUUCAAGGCUAAGCAGGGUUACGUGAUUUACCGUGUUCGCGUACGAAGGGGUGGCCGUAAGAGACCAGUUCCAAAGGGUAUUGUUUAUGGUAAGCCCACCAACCAAGGUGUUACUCAACUGAAAUUUCAACGCAGCAAGAGGUCUGUUGCCGAGGAGAGAGCCGGAAGGAAGUUGGGUGGCCUCAGGGUUCUCAAUUCAUACUGGGUGAAUGAGGACUCCACUUACAAAUAUUUUGAGGUCAUUCUGGUGGAUGUUGCCCACACUGCUGUAAGAAAUGAUCCAAGAAUCAACUGGCUCUGCAAUCCAGUCCAUAAACACAGGGAACUGCGUGGCCUCACUUCUGCUGGGAAAAGCAAUAGGGGUUUACGUGGCAGAGGACAUCUCUACCACAAAAAUCGUCCAUCACGCAGGGCAACCUGGAAGAGAAACAAUACCCUCUCCCUUCGUCGCUACCGUUGAUUUUGUUGCAGUUAUCGUAUGUUGCUUCAUUUUCUGAGUAUUUGGAGGAAAAUCGUCAGUUUUGGAUCCCUGAAUCAUGCCUUUUUUCCCCGAUAAUGUCUUUAGUACUAAAACAGCAGAGAUUAAUGAUGUAAGUUUUUUACUAUGUGCCGGGAUUGUUUUUAUUUAUUUUGUUCGACUUUUUUCGUUGUGGCAAAUCUCGUGCUAUGAUUAUUUUUGGAGUCCGUUUAUUUUUUGGUUUGUUA